AUGGCCUUCCCGCUGAAUACGCUCGUCUGGCUGAAGCAGCCGGGGUACCCGUGGUGGCCGGGGAUGGUGCUUGAUCCCGCGGCGCUGGAGAUGGUAUUGCCUGCGGGGUACGACACAUGCGUGCUCUGCCUACCCUCCGUGUCAUCGAGCGUGGCGUUCGCCAACAGCAGCAACGCCGAGGAGCUUCUUCGAUUUGAUCCGGAGACGGACGCAGAAUUGAUAGAGGCGGGGAAACAAGAUGCGGACUGCGCCGCGGCGAUUGAGGAGGCAUUGAAUGUCUAUGAACAACAGCACAG